AGUUACUCAGCUCAUGCAGUUGAUCUACGGGACCAACUUGGGGAAACGCUCCAAUUCCGGACCAGUCUUUUAACUUGCCGUUAAAUUUCAUCUACUGAAAAUGAAUUAAUGGGGAGUUAUUCACAACAGGUGUUUGAAUAUUUUCAUAUAAUGAACGUCUGACCUAGGACUCAUUUUAAAAGAUUGUUAAGAUGCCGUCUGAUACUUCUAGUCUUUUCAAGGAACUAACACUCAAGGAUGCUGAGAAAGCCUUGGCAGCGGAUUUGGAUUUGCUUGUUAAUACUAUACCAAAUUCAUCUCCAGAAAAAGAAGCGUUCAUAAACCAAAUGAUAUCUUUCAAAGAGUUGUUUAAGCAAUAUUUACAUGACAAAACACAAAAAUUCGAUUGGAAUAUGAUGGAACCUGUUCCAUCUGAAAGUGUAAGAUGGUGUUUCUCUUGUUUUUCAUCUUUCAGCUCUUCCUGGAGUUUCACAACUUUUCAACAUAAUUCAUUAAAUUUUACAUACGUUAAGUUUGUAGAGUUGGGAAAAACUGUUCUUGACCUGAUAACAGUGUUAUUAAAAUGUACGAUGCCCUUCAAGUUCCUACCAACCGUGAAGUAAUCCGUCAACAGUUAAAUAAGUUAGUAGUAGUGAAACUAAAUGGUGGCUUGGGUACAACAAUGGGUUGUACUGGACCCAAAUCCUUAAUUUCUGUCCGGAGUAAUCUUACUUUUCUUGACUUGACUGUACAACAAAUCGAGAGACUAAAUAAUGAAUACGGAACUAGUAUUCCCUUGGUUUUGAUGAAUUCCUUCAAUACACAUAGUGAAACUGAAAAGGUUUUACGCAAAUACCAGCAAGUUAAUGUUCAAAUUUUGACGUUUUUACAGAGCUGCUAUCCUCGUCUGAAUCGUGAGUCAUUACUUCCUAUUGCUAAAUGUGCUGGUCAGGAAAGUCAUGAUUCUGGAACAAAGACUUCUAAAGAUAUGAACUAUAAUCCUGAAGAAUGGUAUCCUCCUGGACAUGGUGAUUUCUAUCGUAGUUUUGUUGCUUGUGGAUUAGCAGAGAAAAUGAUAGCUAUUGGUAAACAAUGGGUUUUCUUGUCUAAUAUUGAUAAUCUUGGAGCAACUGUUGAUCUAAAUAUUUUAAAUUUUUUAAUGAAUAAAGAAUCUCAUUAUGAUAAACAAUCACCAGAGUUUGUUAUGGAAGUAACUGAUAAAACACGAGCUGAUGUUAAAGGUGGUACAUUAACCCAAUAUCGUGGACAUUUGAGACUUUUAGAAUUAGCUCAGGUCCCUGAAGAACAUGUGGAUGAUUUUGCUAGUGUACGAACAUUUAAAAUAUUUAAUACUAAUAAUCUUUGGAUUGAUUUACAAGCUUUACAUCGUAGUGUUAAACAAAAAACUUUACAAAUGGAAAUUAUAGUCAAUCCUAAAACUUUAGAUUCUGGUACAAAUAUAUUACAAUUAGAAGAGGCUGCAGGAGCUGCUAUCAAGUCAUUUAAUGGUGCUUUUGGUGUUAAUGUUCCACGAAGUCGUUUCUUACCAGUUAAAACUACUUCAGAUUUAUUAUUAGUAAUGUCUAAUUUGUAUGUAUUAGAUGGUGGAAGUUUAUCAUUGUCUCCAUUAAGAAGUUUUCCAUCUGUGCCUUUAGUAAAACUUGGUAAUCAUUUUAAAAAAGUUAAAGAUUUCUUAAGUCGAUUUACAAGUAUACCAGAUCUAUUGGAAUUGGAUCAUUUAACUGUAUCAGGAGAUGUAUACUUUGGAAAAGGAGUAGUUUUAAAGGGUACAGUGAUUAUAGUUUCUAAUUUUGGUAGUCUUAUCAAUAUACCACCAGGUUCAAUAUUAGAAAAUAAAAUUGUUUCAGGAAAUCUACGCAUUUUAGAUCAUUAAAUUAUUUAACAUUUCAAGUCAAUUUGAAGUAUUACACUUGAUUAAUAGGACUUUAUAUUUGUCAUGUUUGUGCUUUCAUUAUUAUCAUUAUUUAGUAUAAUUCAUUUGAAUAUCAUUGCAAAUGUUCUUAUUUAUAACUUCAUUUCACUUUACCUUAAUAUACUUACUGUAUCUUAUAUACCUAGACUGAUUUAGGUACACAUAAAUUAUACAUUUUGCCGUUUUCAUAUUAACUUAAUGAAGAAAGUGAUGAUCUUUUCUUUUUUUUUCAUUUUGUUUUCAAAUUGUAUGUAGGAAACAUUACAAAUUUAAAUAUAAUAAUAAUAAUAUUGUCUUUUUAUUCGAGACUGGUUUUAUUCUGUUAAUCAAAUAUUAAAGAUUAAAUAUUUUUCAUGAAGUUUUGUUCUCUGAAAUGGCUGAUUUAGUCGUGGAGUUUUCACAAUGUUCUUCUGAACGAUAUCAUCAGUACAAACUUUAGGUAGAAGUGAAAUGUUCGAAUUUCUCCACAUGUAGCUCAUAACUUGUCUUGUAUACCUCGAUGUUGAUUGGUUCUUAUUGACCUUAAACCUGUUAAUGUUUACUUGUUUGCUUUGGUUGUAUCUCUUAUUGGGAGAUACAACAAGUAUCAAUCAAUAUCAAGAUAUACAAGACAAACUGUGGACCACAUGUAGAGAAAUUCGAUGACGUUCAGAAGAACCAUAUAAGCUCUACGACCAAAUCAUUCAGUUCAGAGAAUAAAAUUUCAUCAAAAUCAUCCAUCUGAGCUACAAAUCUUCUUCACUAUCUCAGAAUUAAACAUUUUAUUGCCAGCUUAAGUGUAUGAUGACUAAUUAACUCUAAUAUCAUUGUGUGAAAAGUAUAUGCCGAUUUCGCGUCAGUUAUUCUCAACAAGAUGUAUAAUAAAUAAGGGAUAUUCUUUAGUUCGGAU